AACCAUCGAGCCGUCCAGCCGUGUUUCCCCUGAGCCCCUUUGCGGUGAACGCAGUGCUAUAAAUUCGCGUCGCCGGAAACGUCACGUCCUCUUCUAGUGAUCUAACAUGGCGGACCAGGGUGAGAAGAAGGAGAACCCCAUGCGGGAGCUUCGCAUCCGUAAACUCUGUCUGAACAUCUGCGUGGGUGAGAGCGGAGACAGACUCACCCGAGCUGCCAAAGUGCUGGAGCAGCUCACAGGACAGACGCCAGUGUUCUCUAAGGCUCGCUACACUGUGAGAUCCUUCGGUAUCCGCAGGAAUGAAAAGAUCGCUGUCCACUGCACCGUCCGUGGAGCCAAAGCAGAGGAGAUCCUGGAGAAGGGACUCAAGGUGCGUGAGUACGAGUUGAGAAAGAACAACUUCUCCGACACCGGGAACUUCGGCUUUGGCAUCCAGGAGCACAUCGAUCUGGGCAUCAAGUACGACCCCAGCAUCGGUAUCUACGGACUGGACUUCUACGUGGUUCUGGGCAGACCCGGCUUCAGCAUCGCAGACAAGAAGCGGAAAACAGGCCGCAUCGGUUUCAGGCACCGCAUCCGCAAAGAGGAGGCCAUGCGCUGGUUCCAGCAGAAAUAUGACGGCAUCAUCCUCCCCGGGAAGUAAAGGACCGCCUUUUCAUCUUGUUUAUAACAAAGUAAUAAAAAGGUAAAAAAAGACAA